GCUGGUUACGAGGAAGGACUACAGUUCCCAGCAGGCCGUUCGGCUGUACACAUGUGGCAGAGAUCCCCGGACUGUAGGCAGCAGCAUCAUGUCUGUGUUUAUGGAUUUAAACCUGAGCUACACCGCGGACAAGAGCAUACUGCGGAGUCUGAUAGAAACGGCGGCUCACCUCGGUUUCUCCACAGUUGCCAUCAACUAUGUGUUUGAACCCACGGCCAAAAAGAAACAGGAAAUCCCCACCCCAACGCCGAUCAAUGAGCUGAUCGAUCAGCUGCCGGUCGUACAGGGUCGCUCUCGUCCAAUCAGAGUGCUGAACAGACUGACGGUUGUGAUGUCAGACUCCAGUCACUUUAGGCCGAACGCUGCGGAGUAUCGUCGUUUCGACCUUCUGGCCGUGCAGCCGACCACGGAGAAACUCUUCCACGCAGCCUGUAUGUUGUAUGAUGUCGACAUCAUCUGUGUUGUGGUCACAGAGAAACUUCCCUUCUUCUUCAAGAGAGCGCCGGUCAAUGGGGCUGCAGACAGAGGUCUGGUGUUUGAGGUCUCCUACUCUGCGGCCAUCAGGGACUCCACCAUGAGACGUUACACCAUCGCCAACGCCGUCAGUCUGAUGGACAGCUGUAAAGGGAAGAGCGUGAUCCUGUCCAGUGCAGCUGAGCAGGCUCUGGAGCUCAGAGGUCCCUAUGAUGUCACCAACCUAGGUUUGUUGUUCGGUUUGUCAGACGGAGACGCUAAAGAAGCCGUUUCCUCCACCUGCCGAUCGGUUCUCCUACACGCAGAAACCAGGAAGACGGCCAGUGGGAUCAUCUACACCGUGAAGAGCUGCAGUGAGUCGUCCCGCCAGCAGGAGGCUCCACCGGACCCCGAACGCUGUGAAGCUCCUGCCGCCAAGAGACACAAACCUCCCCUGACUGAGUGAGUGAUUGACGGCUGAGGAGGGUGGGGCUCCUGGAGCUGAUUGGCUGACUCUGAUUUCCUGUGAACAAACUGUUGUUUGACAGAAAAGAAGUUGAAACUGGACUCUGAACUGUUUCCGCUCGUUUCUCUUGUCAAGUCCACGAACUUGAUCUGAUUUGGUGAUUUUUGAUGUUUUUGUUCUGGAUAAACAGUUUGAAGAUUCA